AUGGCAGCAGAAGAGAAAAACCAAUUAUUAUUUGUUGACAGAACUAAAAUUGACAAAUUGUUGGAAGACAUUAAAGAAGAAAAUAAGGAGUAUACCGAUACUAUUCAAGUACAAGUUAGUCUUAGGGGCUUAGAUCCAAGAAGAGAUAAUAAAAUUACUAAGGAUAUUACUAUGCCUUAUAAAUCAAGAUAUUUAAGUAAGACUAUUGUUUUGGCUGAUAAAGAUACUGGUGCAAUUUGUGAAGAAAAAGGUAUACCUUUUGUUUUGAUCGAUGAUCUUAUGCAGGAUAAAAUGAUUACUGAAAAGAAAAAGAUCUUUAAAUCAAACAAAUAUUUUAUUUUAUGCAAAGGAUCUAAUAAAGUUUUUCAGACUAAAAUAUUUUUAAGAGCUGGUAAAAUUCCUUAUAUGCUUAAAGAUGAUGAUAAAGUUGAUGUUGUAUACAACAAUGCUCUUAAAAUGUAUCGAAUGAGGGUUAAGGAUAUGUCUGUUACAUCUUUUCCUGUUGGACAUACUAAAAUGGAUAAUAAUGAAAUUUUUGAGAAUAUUAAGCAUGGACUUACAAUUAUGACGGCUGCAUUAAAAAAAGGAGAAGAAAAUAUAAAGAAUGUUUUUUUGAAGGGAGCACAAAGGGCACCAAAAAAACUUUAUUAA